AUGCCAUCGCUCAUUGUGUUUUUGUUCGUGUCCUCUUUAUUGCCCUCGUCCCUCUCUCCAUUUAUUGCCAUCGCUCAUUGUGUUUUUGUUCGUGUCCUCUUGUCCCUCUAUUUAUUGCCAUCGCUCAUUGUUUUUUUUUUGUUCGUGUCCUCUUGUCCCACUCUAUUUAAUGCCAUCGCUCAUUGUGUUUUUUUCGUGUCCUCUUGUCCCUGUUUUUAUUGCCCUCUUGUCCCUCUUUUGUUUUGUGUUUUUUGUUCGUGUCCUCUUGUCCCUCUAUUUAAUGCCAUCGCUCAUUGUGUUUUUUGUUCGUGUCCUCUUGUCCCUCUAUUUAUUGCCAUCGCUCAUUGUGUUUUUGUUCGUGUCCUCUUGUCCCUCUCUAUUUAUUGCCAUCGCUCAUUGUGUUUUUGUUCGUGUCCUCUUGUCCCUCUCUAUUUAUUGCCAUCGCUCAUUGUGUUUUUGUUCGUGUCCUCUUGUCCCACUCUAUUUAUUGCCAUCGCUCAUUGUGUUUUUGUUCGUGUCCUCUUGUCCCCUCUAUUGCCAUCGCUCAUUUGUUUUUUUUCGUGUCCUCUUGUCCCUCCUCUAUUUAUUGCCAUCGCUCAUUCUGUUUUUUUGUUCGUGUCCUCUUGUCCCACUCUAUUUAUUGCCAUCGCUCAUUUUGUGUUUUGUUCAUGUCCUCUUGUCCCCUCCCUUUAUUGCCAUCGCUCAUUGUGUUUUUGUUCGUGUCCUCUUCCUCCCUCUAUUUAUUGCCAUCGCUCAUUGUGUUUUUGUUCGUGUCCUCUUUUCCCUCUAUUUAAUGCCAUCGCUCAUUGUGUUUUUUGUUCGUGUCCUCUUUGUCCCCUCUUUUAUUGCCCCUCGCUCAUUGUGUUUUUUGUUUGUCCUCUGUCCCUCUCUUUCCAUCGCUCAUUGUGUUUUUUAUUCGUGUCCUCUUGUCCCUCUCUAUUUGUUGCCAUCGCUCAUUGUGUUUUUUGUUCGUGUCCUCUUGUCCCAUCGCUCUUAUGUUUUAUUUAA